UUAAAUCCAAGAUGGCGGCGCCCAUGGCGAAGUCGUGAUUCCAGGAAACAGGUCAUUUACAGCUAAUUUGAAAUCGGAGUAUGCCAUUUAUAACAUGGACUAUUGGAUUUAUGUCAAUACAACUAUAACUCGGAAAUAAAGGACCUGCAAAUAAAACAGUGCAGAACCAUGCAGGUGUCAGUGAGAAGGCUGGCUCUGUAUCCACUGGGUGCUGCCCGGUUGGGCCAAAUCAGGGGGCCUCUCCUGAGCCCGGUGGCCCGCCUCCUCUCCCCCAGCACCCGCACCCUGUUCAGUGAGACGGGAGUGUGGGAGAAGGACUAUAAACCAGAGACCCGACGCAGAGUAGAAGAAUGGUGGCAUCCACGAAUUAUGGCCCAGUGGAACACGGAUGCACUGAAGGAGAGUUCCGAGAAGAAGAAGUUUUACGUCCUCUCCAUGUUUCCGUACCCUUCGGGGCGACUGCACAUGGGCCACGUGCGAGUGUAUACCAUCAGCGACACCAUCGGCCACUUCCAGAGAAUGAGAGGCCAUCAGGUGAUGAAUCCGAUGGGUUGGGAUGCUUUUGGACUUCCAGCAGAAAAUGCAGCCAUCGAGCGAGGCCUUGACCCAGAGGAGUGGACUAAAAGUAAUAUCCAGUCCAUGCGGGAGCAGCUGGAUGGCCUCGGCCUUUGCUUCAACUGGGACCGGGAAAUCACUACUUGCCUUCCAGACUACUACAAGUGGACGCAGUAUCUGUUUGUCAAGCUCUUUGAAGCAGGACUGGCAUAUCAGAAAGAGGCUGUGGUGAACUGGGACCCUGUUGAUCAGACGGUGCUGGCUGAUGAGCAGGUGGAUGAAAAUGGUCGCUCCUGGAGGUCUGGCGCCUUGGUGGAGCAGAAGCUGCUCACACAAUGGUUCAUCAAGACUACAAACUAUGCCAAGUCUCUCCUGGAUGCCCUGGCAGACCUUCCAGAGUGGUAUGGUGUCAAAGCCAUGCAGGCAAACUGGAUUGGACAGUGCACCGGCUGCUUCUUCGAUUUCAAACUCAAGGUGAACGGGGAGGACACGGGGGAGACCCUGUCUGCCUACAGCUCCUCGCCAGACACGGUGUUCGGAGCAGCUUACCUGGCCAUCCUGCCCUCCCACAGACUGCUGCACGGUAGCAGCUCAGUCCGCUCUGCCCUGGAGAAAGCCUUUCAGCCAGGCAGAGACUCCCUUACAGAGGUCACCGCUCACAACCUGUUCACCGGCCACGAGGUUCCCCUGGUCAUCUCACACAAGGAGGCGUUUGAUGGCUAUCUGGAUACCGUGAUCGGUAUCCCAGACUGUAGUGAGGAGGAUCUGUCUGUGGCCAGAGCUCUGAAUCUGAGGUGGAUCACGGUGCUGAAAAGUGACGAAGACGGGACACAAACUCUGAUCAACUCUGAUAAGUUUUCAGGCCUCACCAGAGAGCAGGCAUUUGACUCCAUUACCCAGAAGGCCAGAGAACAGAAGAUCGGCGGCCACCUUACCAGCUCCAAGCUCAGAGACUGGUUAAUAUCAAGACAGCGAUACUGGGGCACACCCAUCCCCGUGGUGCAUUGUGGGUCAUGUGGUCCAGUUGCUGUCCCUGAGCAGGAGUUACCAGUUACGUUACCAAAGCUGCCGUCUCUCAAAGGAAAGGGUGCGUCACCGCUGGAGGCCGCUCAUGACUGGGUCAACUGCGAAUGUCCCAGAUGUAAGGGUCCAGCGAGGAGGGAGACAGACACCAUGGACACAUUUGUGGACUCUGCCUGGUAUUACUUUAGAUACACAGACCCUCAUAACCCUGACAGGCCUUUUGAGCGCCACCUCGCGGAUCACUGGCUGCCUGUGGACGUGUAUAUCGGAGGGAAGGAGCACGCUGUCAUGCACUUGUACUACGCUCGUUUCCUCUGUCACUUCUGCAACGAUCAAGGUCUUGUUGCUCACAGAGAGCCUUUUCAGAAGCUGCUAGUCCAGGGUCUGAUCAAGGGCCAGACUUUCAAACAGGCAGACAGCAACCGGUACCUAAAGAGAGAAGAAAUAGACUUCACAGAUAAGGAGCCAGUUGUGCAUGGAGGUGGUCGUAUCGAGGUGACGUGGGAGAAGAUGAGCAAGUCUAAACACAACGGUCUGGACCCCCAAGAGGUGGUGCAGCAGUACGGCGUGGAUACAGUUCGGCUCUACAUCCUUUACGACGCACCACCUGAACAACACAUCCUCUGGAAUGUCAAGACGGAUGCCCUCCCCGGGGUUCUGCGAUGGCAGUCUCGGCUCUGGCAUCUGGUGACCAAGCUGAGGGGGGCUCGGCUGCUCGGGGAUCUCAGCAGUCCGUCAUGGCUGACAAAGAAAGAGAUGGCAGAGACCAAGAAGAUCUGUGCGAACAAGAACUACGCUAUUCAAGCGGUGACGUCUAACUUCACAGAGGAUUUCCUCUUCAACGCUGCCAUUUCUCGGCUGAUGGGACUCACCAAUACACUGACCAGUACAACGGUCAGGGUGGUGCAGCACAGUGUGGAGUUUGAGGAAGCUCUGGCUGCGCUGGUUCUGAUGACAGCACCCAUGGCCCCUCACCUGGCUUCUGAACUUUGGGCAGGUCUUUGCCAGGUGAAAAACCCCCUCAGCCCCCUCCUCCAGCAGGGAGGAGACGUCCUGCAACAAGUCUGGCCCACUGUGGAUCCCGAGUACCUGGAGGCCCCUGACUUUGUGGAGCUGUCUGUACUGAUUAACAACAAGGCCUGUGGGAAAGUGACCGUGCCUCUGCAGGUGUCCAAAGAUUUGGAGCAAGUGCUGCAGCUCAUCAUGGAGAACCCGUUAGGACAGAAACAUGUUGGCGAGCGCAGCAUCAAGAGAGCCAUACUCUCCCCCAGGGCCGCCCUCAUCAACCUCCUCAUUGAUGAGUGAAGUUUGGGCAUUCACUGCUACAAUAGAGACAAAAGAGGUGGACUUUUAUUUAAAUGAAGACAAAGUGAAGAUCAGUUUCUAUUCACUGUCAUAUCUUCAAUGUGCAUAUGUCUAAAUAUAUUGUAUUUCUACUUUCCAGUUUUUAAUAAAAAAUUUAAGAAGUA